CCUGGUCACCAUCACGUGUCGUUCGAGUUACAGCGGCCCUUUUGUGAAUUUCACUCUUCUGUCUUUUGCCACCACUUACGUCUCCCCUGCACUGUAACACUACCAUCUUCUUGCUCUCACCCCGCCUGUAUUACCUUCCAUGGAGCAACUCUCUGCUGCGAUUCCUCCCCGCUCUCCUCAGAAAACCACCGCACCCAGCACUACCCAGCAGGGAGUGGGCAGUGUUCAGAAACGCUUGGGUAGCGAGCUGAUGACAUUGAUGAUGAACGCCUCGCCAGGCAUAUCUGCGUUCCCAAAACAUGAUGGCAAUCUCUUUGAAUGGGCUGGUACGAUAGAAGGCCCCGCAGGCACGAUUUACGAUGGACUAACGUUCAAAAUAUCAAUAAACUUUCCCUCAAACUAUCCCUAUGUACCUCCAUCCAUCAAGUUUGAUACACCGUGUUUCCAUCCGAACGUUGAUAUCACGGGAGGAGCCAUAUGCCUGGAUAUACUGCAGGACAAAUGGUCGGCUGUAUACAGCGUUCAAACCAUUCUAUUGUCCUUGCAAUCACUCCUCGGGGAACCGAACAACGCAUCUCCUCUUAAUUCGGAGGCCGCUAAUGCCUGGAACAAUCCUGAUAUCUUUAAGGCGCACUUGAUGAGACACUACCGACCUGCUGAUAAUGCGUAAUUCUGUUGUCAGUACCCUUUUACGCCUUGUAUAUGAGUACGAUGUUUUGUUGGAUAUCUCCUUGAAACCAUCUACUGUUGUACAUGUAUAAUCAAUCAUCAUGGGAAUAGAUAGGUGACUAGAAUCUACAUCUAUAACUUAGAAUACAUCCGUGGGUGCCGGGGACGACCAGAAAGCCGCCGUGAGCUCCUUUGGACACUAAGUAAGUACUUGAAAACUUUUUAAUUGAGCCACAAU